AUGAAAGAGCACUCGUUUUCCGAGAAUAACGAUCUACUUCCAGACCUUUUUGCUGAGAACGCUGAAGAGCUUCCGGCUGACUCGGCCCUGCGACGUCUGAUACAAGGCGACGAGACCGCUGAUGAGCAGGCCGAGCUUUUGCGUCAACGUGGCAACCAGAGAUACCGCCUUGGCUGCCGUCUACUCGACCGCGGAAAUGAUCCCGGUGCAGAUUUAACACUCCCUGGCGGUGAGCAAAGCGUGGCGACGUUACGAAAACGUGCUCACGCGUUGUUCCAUCAGGCGAUGGCGUCGUACACGGAAGCACUAGCUUUACCAGGAGUCUCCUCAACCGUUCGAGGUGCACUCUACCUAAACCGAGCGGAGGUACAUCGACGACUUGGAAACUAUGCGCGAGGCCUGCAUGAUGCACAGCAGUGUAUCCGUUCGUGCGGUCUGGAACACCCGAAAGCCUUUUAUCGGGCAAGUGCGUGUGCUCUAGCUCUGGGCAAGCUGCCUGAAGCGCGAACAUUUUGCGAACAGGGCUUGGAACGCACCAAAGCCCCGGAACAUGUGCUCGAGCGCAGAGCGCUUCAGCGUCUCGAAGAACGAAUCGCCGAGGAGAUGGUACGUGCCCAGCGCUUGCUCGCUGAGAAGGACGCCCUGCUCCAGCAGCGAGUCGACCAGAGUCAGCGCUUGCUCGAUACCCUAGAACGCCAGCGAAUUCGCCUCGGGAUGCCGCUAUUUGCGCAACAGAAAAAAGUCUCAAACUGGCAACCGAAACCCGUACCCGUGGCACGGGACGAGCCCAAUCCUGAUUCGGAAAGCACUGUGUCCAUCAAGUUCAGCUGGCCGUUCAUGGUGGUGUACCCGUUAGUUCAACAAAGCGAUUUUUUCGAAAACGUUGACGAUGACGCAGAGCUGCAAGCGCUCUUUUCUGAUCUAUUACCCGUUGAGGGACCGCCUGCGUUAACCUUCGACCCAGAAGGACGAUAUCGCUGCGAUCGAGUUGCUUUUUGGUAUGCAACGCAAUGGACCCGAACGCUGGUCGAUGUCGGCGACCCAGCGCUCUUACGUGACCUGACAAGAGUACAGGAUAACGAGUUUUGUGGCUCCCUGUUACCUCCAGAGGAGCAAGGCACUUGGAAACAGGUUCUUCUUGACGAUAUCGGACUUGAUGCGGCACGGUUGCCACGCGAUACCGUGUGUGUCCGAACAUUACGUGAUCUUGUCACCCAGCCGGACUAUAUUGUGCCCAUGUUCCCAGUGCUUUUUGUGGCUCCCCGAGGAGCUACUCCGGCUCCAUUCUGGUUAGCGGCAAGCUUCUCUUGA